AUGGCUUGGAGGGGUGCACAACUGCUAUUGGCCCCUGUGCUGCUGCUGCACCUGGCCUCAGGUGUCUGGGGCUCGACAGUUGUUUCUGAGGAACUUCACAAAACGGUAGGACAGAACCUCUAUGUGAAGUGCCAGUACAAGCCUGAGGCGGGGCCUUACGUGCCGAAAUCGUGGUGUCGUCAGAUAUCUUCAGGUAGAUGUAACAGAGUGGUCACAACCUCCCAGACUCGGAGGGCCGAAACAGAAUCACAGCAUACAAUCUGGGACUAUCCUGAAGACGGCCACUUCAUCAUCACCAUCACUCGGCUCACGGAGAAGAACUCAGCAAUCUACUGGUGCGGACUAUUUAAUGUUUCCCACAAUACAAUCAGAGUUCUCCGAAACAUCAGCCUGGUGGUGUCUCCAGCCGUGCCCACUCUUCCUCCACGGACCAGCGCUGGGCUCCAAACAAGGAUAGCAACCACCAUCUUUGUGUCCAUCUUAGUUCUGAUGACUUCUCCGGAGGAAACCACUGGCUCUUUCACCCAUGGCUCUCAGCACAGAAACCAGAGUUCUCCUUCCUCUGCUGGUGGGGUCUUCCCAAGGCUUCUGGUCUUGGUGCUGUGUGGACUCCUCCUGCUCAAGGGCCUGAUGCUGUCAGUUCUCUGCGUGGUCCUUUACUGGAGGAGCUGCCAGGGGCGUGAGUAUGCGGCAGAGACAGUGACAAUGGAGGUUAUGAAAUAUGCCAGCCUUCCUGACGUCUCGAAGUCCUUGGGCACAAGUAGCCACAUCUCAGGGUAUGAGAAGAAUGCUUAUUCUCUUAACCCUGCCCAGUGGCCAGGGCUGCCCAACCACUGCAUACCACAGCCCUACUGAAGCCAUCAGGCAAGCACAGGGAGACAACCGCAGGUUCCACCUAAAAUCACCAACGAAGACUGUCACUUUGGUAUCCAGCACCUGAAGAUUCACACACACCCAGCACAAUCUCCCCCAAGAUGACCCCAGUUAAUCUGCACUGGGUGUCAGACCCUCAGUAUCCCAACACCCUGAUCCCCAGUGUCUCCCCAGAAUCCUACAAUGGUGCUUUCUCUCCCAGAACUCUCUCGGUCCCUCUCCUUGGCAUCACAUGUCCCAUGGGCUCUGUUUCCGGAGUGAGUUGCUCACCAGCCCUGUGUGUGUCCACUUGUGCUUAUGUUCGGACUAUUAGAUCGCGUCUGAGCAGAACACGGUAAUGCCAUUUCCCCUGGACUGCCUCUCCUCUUGCUCUAGAUUCCUUUAAAAUUAGAGAAAAAGGACUUAAAUAAUACAAUGGGGGAAUCAAGAAAGGCUGUGAUCUGCAGACUACAAACAGAGGAAGCCAAGAAGUUAAAGGAAAAAAAAAUGGUUUUUAACAGGACAAAAACUCCCCAGAGGGCUCAUCCAGCGAACAUAGGCGCUGACCACCAGGGCGCAGUGUGUGUUGGUUUAUCGAGUGAGGCAAUUUCAUCUUCACAUAGAAAGUCUGGUUGUACAAACUCGUGGGAGGUGUGGGUAGA